AUGGCCUACCCAGGAUACGGUGGAGCGUUUGGAAACUUCAGCGGUCAUAUUCCAGGAAUGCAGAUGCAAAUGGGUCAGCCGAUGCCAGGUCCCAGUAUGUUCUCUGGCAGUUACCCUGGGUACCUGGCCUACUCUGACAGCUACUCUCCUGCUGACGACUCUAUGUGGACUUACUUCACAGCUGUUGCUGGACAGGAUGGUGAGGUGGAUGCAGAAGAACUUCAGAGAUGCUUGACACAGUCUGGAAUUAGUGGAACUUAUGCACCCUUCAGUCUGGAAACCUGCAGAAUUAUGAUCGCCAUGUUGGAUAGAGACUAUACAGGAAAAAUGGGAUUCAGUGAAUUCAAGGAACUUUGGGCAGCUCUUACUGCCUGGAAGCAGAACUUCAUGACAAUUGAUCAAGACCAAAGUGGCUCCGUAGAACAUCAUGAGCUGAGUCAAGCCAUUGCUCUUAUGGGUUACAGGUUGAGUCCUCAGACAUUAGCUGCUAUUGUUAAACGCUACAGCAAGAAUGGCAGAAUUUUCUUUGAUGACUAUGUAGCCUGCUGUGUGAAGCUUCGUGCCCUGACAGAUUUCUUUAGGCGAAGAGAUCACUUGCAACAAGGGAUUGUGAACUUCAUGUAUGAGGAUUUUCUGCAGGGCACUAUGACCAUUUGA